UCAGAGUCCGUCUGGCAGCGCUCGUGGUGUUCAGCUGCGGCCGCCUUCGGUCUGGUGCCACCAGAGGUUCUCAGCGACACCACGUGGGCUUCCCUGUCGGCGGUGCACUUUGCUCUAACAGCUUUCUCCCAGAUCCCUGGGGGAUACGUAGCCGAGUGCCUCGUUCACCACUUCGGCUUCGGAGCGGUCUUCCUGGAAGUGGUCAUCUUCACCAGGAGAAGUGAAGAAGACUCGUGUUUGGAAGACCUCCUUAAACGGACCACGGACAUGAUGUUUGGAGGGAAGCAAGUGGUGGUUUGUGGCUACGGGGAGGUUGGAAAGGGCUGCUGUGCUGCCUUGAAGGCCAUGGGCUCCAUCGUGUACGUGACAGAGAUCGACCCGAUCUGUGCCCUCCAGGCCUGCAUGGAUGGAUUCCGCCUUGUGAAACUCAAUGAAGUCAUCAGACAAGUUGACAUCGUCAUCACCUGCACGGGCAACAAGAACGUGGUGACCAGGGAACACCUGGAUCGGAUGAAGAACAGCUGCAUCGUCUGCAACAUGGGGCACUCCAACACCGAGAUCGACGUGGCAAGCCUGCGUACGCCCGAGCUGACCUGGGAGAGGGUGAGGUCCCAGGUGGACCACGUCAUCUGGCCAGAUGGGAAGAGAAUAGUCCUUCUGGCGGAGGGCCGCCUGCUAUCCACCGUCCCCACCUUCGUCUUGUCCAUCACUGCCACCACGCAGGCUUUGGCUUUGAUAGAGCUCUACAACGCUCCUGAAGGCCGCUACAAGCAAGACGUGUACUUGCUGCCUAAGAAAAUGGGGUCUUCCAGCAAGUUCUUCCCACUGUGUCUGGGCUCUUGGCUCGACUGGACGUGUUGUUCCUCCGUCCCCCCUGGGGAAAACGGGCUGACGCCCUCGGCCGACCGUGCUGACGCAGAGGAUUUUCAC